AUGUCUGCCAAGAAUUACGAUGCUGAGGUUGCCUGUAAGUGCCUGUGCUAUGUCAUGUGCGUGCCUUUCUUCCUGCCCAUCAUAGCUCGCGAGCAGCUGUACGUGGCAGCGGUGCGAGCGCUCUUUAAGGCAAACACUUCCCUGCAAGACCGAGAGACUCAAUACUCACAGCAAAUGAAGGCGCUCUGGGACCUUAGCCCGGGCGACGCGGACGCCUGUGCGUUGUACGCAUUGUCCUUGCUGGGGCAGCUUCGGAGCGUGGGCGGCUAUGUGACUGACACCGAAGCGGCCACAACAGCACAACUGAUUCAGUUACUGCUGCAAGCCCCCAGGCAGCAGGUCCACAGCAGGUCCACAAUCACAAGGGCGCCUCCGAUCCUCUAUACUGCUAAAGAUAAACUUGAAGAUUGCGUGGACCAAUUUCCCAACCAUGUUGGCGCCUGGCACUACCUGACCCAUGUGUACGACGAGGAUGAGCCGGACAUGGCAAGUCAAGGCGUGCCUGCGGCCCUGAAAUUGGCCGCACUCGCCCCCAAGUCCAACGUUGCGCAGCACAUGGCUAGCCACUUCUUCCUUCGCUCCGGCAACUGGACCCAGGUGGUACUGUAUAACCAGGCCGCCGUCAGUGCCUCGGACUCGUAUUGCAAGGCGGUGAGCAAAGGCAACGACUGCGAUGCUGAUAACCGCUGGCACGCACUGGAGUGGCAGUUGUUUGGCCAGUUGCAGCAGUGUGGUGUUACGGCGGCUUAUACGAGCUAUUUGCGGAUACAGGGUGUAGCUGCCUCCAUGAACUACACGGGCGACUAUGUGCAGUGGCUCUAUCGCAGCUAUGCGCACAUGCAGCUGCAAUCCCUCAACUCAAUGGGCAUCAUUCCGCUCAGGAACUCGACCGACAACGACACAGCGAUGCUGCCGCCGCCGCUGUACGAUACCGGGGCUGUCCAGAACGCUGCGGACAUCAUGGAUCACUUCUGGCCUCCCCAUGCGGAGGCUCACGCGCUUCUGGCGCGCGUCUUCUCGCUGACCUACGGCAGCGAUUCGGCGCGUCUGCAGAACCCGACCGUGGUCACGACGGUCAACCUGUUGCUGGCGCGCCUGGACACGAUUGCAUCGGCGCAAAGCAACCUCGUCAACUCUUCUGCCUCGUCACUGAAUAGGGAUAUGCUGACCCAGCUGACCAUUGUGCAGCUGCAGGCCAAGGCGCUUGUCGGUGCUUCUGCAUGCGCGGCAGGCCUGCCGGCCUGCAACGUUACGUCCUGGAUGGCGCUCAUGGACGACGCUCUCGCUCGCCAUACGUCCAUCUCGAACUCGACCACGCUGCCGUCGCUCAAGAUCGCCCCCACUCCCGAGUUCUACGGCAACCUACUCGUCGCCACCAACGGCAAUGCCACUACCGCCCGGGACCUUUUCUUGCGUUGCCUGAACGAGCUGCCAGGCCGCAUGCAAUGCCUGCUGGGCCUUGCACGCACGUCAAACAAGCUCAAUGACCUGCCGGGUGCGAUCGGCCGGUACAAGCAGCUUCAGUCGCAGUGCAGCACUGGCGACAAGGCCUUCCCGGCGCUGAAGGAGGCGCUCAGCCGGCUGUCGCCACUGUCGCCACCCCCUUCAUCGAAAAAGGGUCUUCUUCGCCGGGCGCUACAGGUCGAGGCGCAAGUCGUGGUGGCUUAA